AUGAAUUGGAGAACAGUAAUUUAUAUCAUUUUAUUAAUAAGCUUUACUGUAGUCAAAGCCCUGCCUAGAAGUUAUCGGGACAUAGAGGAAAAAAACAGCAUUGGCCAGCGUUUUUCUCAGCUGCAGGAGAAUAAUUUUAAAGCCAUUGCCAUGAUCAUGUUUGCUCAGUAUGUGCAAGGAAGCACAUUCACCAAAGCAGUUAAAAUGGCUGAAGCUGUAACGGACCUUGCCAAAAGGUGCGCUGCUGCGGAUGGAGACAACCCAGAUUGUCUGAAGCCUUUGGACAAGAUUUUCCUCGAUACGAUAUGCCAGGAGGAAAAUCUUCCCAGGUUUACUGACUGCUGUGCUAAAAAGGACCCUGAAAGAAAUGAUUGCUUCCUCUCCCUUAAAAAUUCAUCAAGAGCAUUCAUUUCUCCUUUUGAAAGGCCAAAUGCUGAAGCUGCCUGCAAAAAUUAUUCACAGAAUCAACAUUCGUUAACAGGAUAUUUCAUCUACGAGGUUUCCAGAAGGCAUCCUUUCCUCUAUGCCCCAACAAUCCUUUCUGUUGCUAUCCAUUAUGAUGAGAUGAUGAAGGACUGCUGUAGAAGUGCCGAAAACCCCAUUCAUAACCUGGAGGAAUGCUUUCGGAGACAGGCGCCAAAGGUAGUGAAGCCAGUCAGAGAAGAUGGCCUGAGGCAGGAACACACAUGUGGAAUUCUGAAGAAGUUUGGAGAAAGGACCAUAAAGGCUCUGAAACUUGCUCAGAUAAGCCAGAAAUUUCCUAAAGCUGAUUUUGUUACUGUUAGCAAACUUGUGAUGGAUAUUGCUAACAUGCACAAGGACUGCUGUCGUGGAGAUAUGCUGGAGUGUAUGCACGAUAGGGAAGAGAUUCUACACUAUGUCUGCACCAACCAAGACAUCAUAUCAAGUAAAAUUAAAAAGUGCUGUGAAAAGCCACUGUUACAAAGAAGUGAAUGCAUAAUUAAUGCAGAAAAUGAUGACAAACCUGCAAACUUGUCCCCCCACGUCAGGGAGUUUAUAGAAGACAAAGGAACAUGUGAACGCUUUGCUCAGGAAAAAGAUACCCACUUAGCCAGGUUUCUCUAUGAAUAUUCCAGAAGACACCCUGAAUUUUCUGCUCAAAUGCUUUUAAGAAUUGGUAAAGGAUAUGAGGACCUACUGGAUGAGUGCUGCAAAACUGGUUCUCCACAAGACUGCUGCAGCAGAGGGGAAGAAGAACUGAAGAAACACAUUUAUGAAACGGAAAGUGUGAUGAAAACAAGCUGUGACAUUUACAAGGAAAAAGGAGACUACUAUUUCCAAAACGAGCUUCUCAUGAGCUUCACCAAGAAGAUGCCUCAGCUAACAUCUGCAGAGCUAAUAAAAUUCACCAAACAAAUGACUACAAUCGGCUCCAAAUGCUGCCAGUUAAGCCAGGACAAGCUAUUGCCUUGUGCUGAAGAAAACCUGGAUCUUGUGCUUGGAGAAAUAUGUAGAAGACACCUAACCAACCCAAUAAAUCCUGGUGUUUGCCACUGCUGUAGUAGCUCCUACGCUCUUAGGAGGCCAUGCAUGGGGAAACUAGAAAUUGAUGAGAAUUAUGUGCCCUUAUCAUUGACUCCUGGUCUGUUCACUUUCCACGAAGACUUGUGUACGACAGAAGAAGAAAAGUUACAGCACAAGAAGCAGGAAAUGCUCAUCAACCUCAUCAAAUACAAGCCCCAGAUCACACAGGAACAGCUGACCUCCGUCACUGCGGCUUUUACUGCCAUGAGGGAACAGUGCUGCAAAGAAGAAAACCAUGAAGCAUGUUUUGUGAAAGAGGGUCCGGAACUUAUAAAAAGAAGUGAAAAAAUGUUGUCAGCAUAA